CCAACCGCAUCAGAUAUAAAUCCCUCUCAGUCUCAGUCUCAACCCCAAUACCCAUUCCUUCAUUCCAUUUCUCUCUUGAUUUCGUCUCUUAACACUCACGACACACUCUUUAUCUUCUUGUGCACUCGCAGCUAUGGGUGCAGCGGUACUCCCAGAUCUCGGGACUGAGAUUCUCAUCCCUGUGUGUGCCGUCAUAGGGAUAGGGUUUGCCCUCUUCCAGUGGCUUCUUGUCUCCAAGGUCAAGCUCUCCGCCGCCAGAGACGCUUCUCCCAACGCCGCCGCCAAGAAUGGCUACAACGAUUAUCUCAUCGAAGAGGAGGAAGGCAUCAACGACCACAACGUCGUUAUCAAAUGCGCUGAAAUCCAGAGCGCCAUUUCCGAAGGAGCAACCUCUUUCCUUUUCACUGAGUACAAGUAUGUGGGAAUCUUCAUGGUGGCUUUUGCCAUCUUGAUAUUCCUCUUCCUUGGCUCUGUGCAAGGAUUCAGCACAAGCCACCAGCCUUGCACCUAUGAUGAAUCCAAGAUGUGUAAACCAGCUCUAGCUACUGCCCUCUUUAGCACCAUUUCAUUCUUGCUCGGUGGCGUCACGUCGCUAGUCUCCGGUUUCCUUGGAAUGAAAAUUGCUACUUAUGCAAAUGCGAGAACCACUCUGGAGGCGAGGAAGGGUGUUGGAAAGGCUUUCAUCACUGCAUUUAGAUCUGGUGCAGUUAUGGGAUUUCUCCUUGCUGCAAAUGGUCUAUUGGUUCUUUACAUUGCCAUCAACGUUUUCAAGUUCUACUAUGGCGAUGACUGGGAAGGUCUUUUUGAGGCCAUAACUGGUUAUGGUCUUGGUGGGUCUUCUAUGGCUCUCUUUGGCAGAGUUGGUGGAGGUAUCUACACUAAGGCUGCUGAUGUUGGUGCUGAUCUUGUUGGCAAGGUCGAAAGGAACAUUCCCGAGGAUGACCCAAGAAAUCCUGCUGUGAUUGCCGAUAAUGUGGGUGAUAAUGUUGGGGAUAUUGCUGGUAUGGGAUCUGAUCUCUUCGGUUCAUAUGCCGAGUCAUCCUGUGCUGCCCUUGUUGUUGCUUCCAUCUCCUCUUUUGGGGUGAACCAUGAGUUGACUGCUAUGUUGUACCCUCUCAUUGUCAGCUCCGUGGGUAUCAUAGUUUGUUUACUUACCACCUUAUUUGCAACUGACUUUUUUGAGAUAAAGGCUGUGAAGGAAAUUGAGCCGGCAUUGAAAAAACAACUCAUUAUUUCCACUGCUUUAAUGACUGUUGGGAUUGCAAUUGUUAGUUGGAUUGCACUACCAUCUUCCUUCACUAUCUUCAAUUUUGGAGUCCAGAAAGAUGUCAAGAACUGGCAACUAUUUUUGUGUGUUGCUGUUGGUCUUUGGGCAGGUCUUAUUAUUGGAUUUGUAACCGAGUACUUUACCAGCAAUGCAUAUAGCCCUGUGCAAGAUGUUGCAGAUUCCUGCAGGACUGGUGCUGCCACGAAUGUUAUCUUUGGGCUUGCCUUGGGAUACAAGUCUGUCAUUAUCCCAAUUUUUGCUAUUGCUGUUAGUAUUUUUGUUAGCUUCAGCUUUGCUGCCAUGUACGGUAUUGCUGUUGCAGCACUUGGGAUGCUGAGUACCAUAGCCACUGGAUUGGCCAUUGAUGCUUAUGGUCCAAUUAGUGACAAUGCUGGAGGUAUUGCUGAGAUGGCUGGUAUGAGCCACAGAAUUAGAGAGAGAACAGAUGCCCUUGAUGCCGCCGGAAACACAACUGCUGCUAUUGGAAAGGGAUUUGCAAUUGGUUCUGCCGCGCUUGUGUCUCUGGCUCUCUUUGGUGCCUUUGUGAGCCGUGCUGCUAUCACAACUGUUGAUGUGUUGACUCCAAAGGUUUUCAUUGGUUUGCUUGUUGGUGCAAUGCUUCCAUACUGGUUUUCUGCCAUGACCAUGAAGAGUGUAGGAAGUGCUGCACUAAAGAUGGUUGAGGAAGUGCGCAGACAAUUCAAUACCAUUCCUGGCCUGAUGGAGGGAACUGCAAAGCCUGACUAUGCUACAUGUGUUAAGAUCUCCACUGAUGCUUCCAUUAAAGAAAUGAUCCCGCCCGGUGCCCUUGUCAUGCUUACACCCCUCAUUGUCGGUAUCUUCUUUGGAGUAGAAACACUUUCUGGUGUCCUUGCUGGAUCUCUGGUGUCUGGUGUACAGAUUGCCAUCUCUGCAUCCAACACCGGUGGUGCUUGGGACAAUGCCAAGAAGUACAUUGAGGCUGGUGCAUCUGAGCAUGCGAGAAGCCUUGGGCCAAAGGGGUCAGAUUGUCACAAGGCAGCUGUGAUUGGAGACACUAUUGGGGACCCACUGAAGGACACAUCUGGACCCUCACUCAACAUCCUCAUCAAACUUAUGGCCGUUGAGUCCCUUGUCUUUGCUCCCUUCUUUGCCACCCAUGGUGGCCUCCUCUUCAAGAUCUAAACUUUGUUUUCAUACACACACAAGACAAUGACAAGACAAGUGCAGAGAGCAUCGUCCAUCAAUUCCCCCCAUAACAAGGAAGAAAACCCGUCCUCAUUCUGCUAUUUUUUCUUCUCCCCCUACCCCUCCCUCCCCAAUCAAAAACAAUAUAAUUUUAGUUUUGUCGGUAGUUUUGAGAUACUUAAUUAGGUUGAAUCUGCAGAGAAAAAUUUUCCUUGUAAAGAGGAGGUUGAUGAUGAUGCCUGUGAUGGUGUUGAUGAUGAUGAUAUUUUACAACAGUCUCUUCUUGA